GCGCCAUUGUUGCGGCGCGGCCCGGAGUGGAGGCCGCACACCGGCCUCGGCCUCAGGUGAAGCGGAGCCUCGCCUUCCUUCCCCCUCCCCGCGGCGCUGCUCAUCAUGGAGAAGCGCGGAGCGGCCCGGAGUUGUGUGAUGGAUUCAGCGGAUAAUUCUGACGCCCUGAAUGGGGAAGAAAUUCCUGCAGCCCCCAAUGAGCCUGGGACUGGGCAUCGCAAGCCCUGCCCUGGGGAGGAGAUGUGGGAUCGUGCAAGGUGCGGCCGGUCAUCGAAGAAGCGUGAGGAGGUGUCACCACGGACAGCCGAGAAACUGGACUCCAGCACGGUGCCAAAGAAACGGGAUCAAUUAUCGCCCAAAAGACAGGAGCAGGCCGAAAAAUGUCAACGGAAAAGUAAGAUCCAUCGAAAGGUUGGACAGAGACAUGCACAUUUCCUUCAUGGCCCAUCACCUGAUACACACUUUGGACCCAAAGCCUCCAUUUUGCAGAACUCCACGAGUAUUGUGCAAAUUCAGGAUCCAACUAGUCAAAGAUUGAUCUGGGCCAAACCCCCAACGAAUGUACUGGUCAUCAAAAAAGUCAAGGAUGAAGCCCUUCUCGAACCAUUCAAGGAGCUGUGCACUUUUCUCAUUGAGGAGAAGAACUUGGUUGUGUUUGUGGAGAAGAAGGUGGUAGAUGACACAGCGCUUGCUAAAGACACAGACUUUGAGCGCAUCAGGCAGCAACUUAGCCCCUUCCGCGAAGGUUACGACGAGUUGUCUGGCUACAUAGACCUCAUCAUUUGUCUUGGUGGUGAUGGCACAUUGCUGUAUGCUUCCUCACUCUUCCAGACCAGCGUCCCUCCUGUAAUGGCGUUCCACCUUGGCUCGCUGGGUUUUCUUACUCCGUUUAAGUUUGAGUCCUACAGAACAGAAGUGACCAAAGUGAUUGAAGGAGAUGCCAGGAUAAUUCUGAGGAGUCGUCUGAAGGUGAAGGUGGUUAAGGCUUUAAAAACAGCAGAGCCAGAGAGGAAUUACCAAGUGGAGGAUAACGGACUGGUCCCACAGAGUCAUAUUAACAACGAGACACAAAAGGCCUUCAUGCAAAUACAUGUGCUGAAUGAACUGGUGGUGGAUCGAGGUCCUUCUUCAUACCUCUCCAAUGUGGAUCUGUACUUGGAUGGGCGACUCAUCACAUCUGUCCAGGGUGAUGGUGUGAUUGUGUCCACCCCGACAGGGAGCACAGCGUACGCUGCAGCGGCAGGUGCCUCUAUGAUGCACCCCAAUGUCCCGGCCAUCAUGAUCACCCCUAUCUGCCCCCACUCCCUUUCCUUCCGACCCAUCGUGGUGCCUGCUGGAAUGGAACUGAAGAUAAUGCUGUCACCCGACACUAGGAACAUGGCAUGGGUGUCCUUUGAUGGCAGGAGCAGGCAGGAGAUACAACACGCGGACAGCAUCACGGUGACCACGUCCUGCUACCCAGUGCCAUCCAUCUGUUGCCAUGACCUGGUGUACGACUGGUUUGACAGCCUCGCCGAGUGCCUCCAUUGGAACGUCCGCAAAAAACAGUCGCGCUUCGAAGAAAUCACGGAUUCUUCAGACACUGAAUGUUAGUCGAAGAACCCCCCAUUCUGUACCCAGAUCCAUGUCAUCUUGAAGGAAUGAUUAAGUCCGGAAUCAGCAAGUGGGGAAAGAAUGCAUCGGCUUCCUUCACUAUGGACCUGAAUUUGGAUGUUACUAUUUUAUUGCCUUUCUUUCAAGGUGCCUUUAUGAGUAAGUUAACAGAUUUAUGGAACAUGUCCUUGCCACGGUUGUAAAUGUAAGAAAAUUGGAACAUUUUGGCAUGUACCCUUGACUUAAUGGAUGACUCUAUCACCUGGGUCAGAAGGUUGGACUGAAGUCCAACUCCAGAGACUUGAGCAUAAUCUUCUCCCAUUGCAGAGGGAGUGCUACAGUGCCAGAGGUGCUGUUUUGGAUGCAUUAGUUCUGCGGUGAACAUAAGUAUCCAUAUUGUUUAUUUUUAGAGCAGGAGAUGUAUCUUCAUUACCCAGUUAAUCUCCAGCACUGAACCUGAUAGUCAUCGCUAUUGCUCUUUAUGGAAUUGACCACAGUGACUGAAUUUCAAUAGUAACCUGAUUGAAUGUAAAGCACAUUGGAAUAUUCUGAGGUUAUAAGUUGUGCCAUAUAAAUGUAACUUCCAACAAAUUACUUUUAAGUCCAAAGCUUACUAGCACAGACCAGGUUUAUUCCCAGUUGCUGGUUGAAGGCAAAUCAGUCUCUACCUCAAAUGUCCCAAAUUUCAUCAUCUGGCUUAGAUAUUAGCCUCUUAUUGCCAAUGAAAUUAUGCCCCCUCUGUCAACAGAACAAGGUCUGUAAAUGGGAUCAAGCAUUCCACUCAUAGUGAAAAUAGAAAAUAAUUUUGAGAAUGGUUACUGUUUCAAAGAAAAAAACAUUAAAAAUAUGAUCAAUUUUGAGGUCUGUCAUUUGUUUGCUUUGUAAUCAAGUGAGACUUGUUGUGAAUUUGAUGGCCUGCGUUCCUCGUUCUGUUUAAUUCUGGUUAAUUAAAUCAGUCACAUUUAAAUGUUGUAUGAACAAGAUGAACUUGCCUCGAGAAUCUAAACUUGAAUCCAGCCAACACUGAUUAGAUACAAAUAUCUCCACUGCAGACGGCAUGGUGUCUGAUGUGUUUAGUUUCCAGUGUAAACAUCCACAACUACAUCCAGCCUUGGUAUGGAUGUUCUUCUGACACUAGGAGGGACAAGGACAAAGAGAGAUCUAUCCAUUACAACUGCAGAGUUAAGAGCUAUAUAACUAGUUAAAGUCAUAUUUUAACUAGUGAUCAAAAUUCAGUGUUUGCAUUUAAAUGAUUAGCAUCCUUCAAUUGAAAAUAUGCUCAAAACAGGAGAACCUUCUGCUGUAAAUUAGCAUUAAUGUUUCUGAUUAAAUUUCAGGUACUGUGUCAAAGAGAACCAAACCAAAAAUAGUUUCUAUGUUUUCAUAAUGGACAAAUGCACAUUAUAGUGAAGUCGAUGUUAAAUUUGGUUAAGAUACACCUGUGCCAUUAAACCAGUUUGUAUUUCCAGUUUAAGAAAAUAGGAUAUUAUACAAAAUUACCAAGAUUUUUUUUCAAUAAACUAUUUUAAAUC